GUUUACUAAAUAUCUUCAAUAGUGUAAGGAUUUGCAACACGAAUAUGUUUGAAAUAUCACACAAGAUUGUGAUGGAUUAAUUUUUCAAUUUGUGGCGACCAAAAUUAAAAUCGAAAAUUACUGUAGCAAUGAGGCUACAAGUGAAACUGGUUGUCUGGGUUUUUUGGUAUAUGCCUGUAGGCUACUUAGCGGCUCAGGCUGUGUUAUGGCCACCCGACGUGUUAGAAGAUAAAGGUUUUCGCAAUAUGUUGCUCACCAGCGAUGGACAACACUUGAUUGUAUCGGGACUGAAUGGUGUAUAUGUUCUAAAUACAACAGAUUUCCAACUUCUAAACCAAGCUGUAACAGGACCAUCGGCUAACUAUGAUGAUAUCAUUACAAUUAUGAUAUACAAUAGAACAGAAACUGACAAUGAUGGUUAUAUUACCACGUGCAGUAGCAGGCGAAACUACUGUGAUAUUAGGGAAGUGAAUGAUAUAUCUAGGAGCGUUAAUCAUUUAAAUCCCCCGAUAAAGAUUGAUGGAGCUGAGGCGUUUAUGGCAACUUAUAUAAAGACAUCUGGCAGAAAUCGAAGACAGGAUUUUCUGUUUAUCGGAUGUCCCCAUGUUGAGGGUCAAGGAGAUCUAGGUGGUAGGUGCACAAAACCUGGUAUAUCGUGGUACCUAAAUAGCGGGGGUGAAAGAAGUCGUCCAUGGUAUGGAUUUAAAUCGUACGAAGAGACACCAGUUCUGACGGAGAAGUAUAUUGGAGCCUUCAGCGUUGACAACUACAGAAUAUUUUUCAGUGUUCAAGGAGUCAAAGCAACAGGAAAGAGAAGAAGCCGCAUUGCCCAAGUGUGUCAGUAUUACGUUCCACAUUUUCACACAUACUCGACACCAAACACAUAUGCUGAUAUGCCGGUACAAUGCGGACAGUUGAAGGAGAUUCGGGCAGUAAAGAAUGUCGUUGUAGGGACGGAAACGCUGUUUAUAACUGUGUUCUCUGGACCUAUGAAAUCGGCUGUUUGCAUUUACACAAUGGAGAAUAUAAAAAGCAUGUUUGUUGCGAAUAUAAAGGAUUGCUACAGGGGAGGCCGGGCACCAGCAAACCAGGAUUAUAUUAACUUCCAAACAUCUAACCGUCCGUGUACACAGCAAACGAUUGAUAAUUCCACUUUCUAUAUGCCUGAAGAUUACUAUUUGUGCAACAAGGACAACCUAGCACUAUUUCAUCAGGUGAUUGGCAGCAAGGUGCUGUCCUCACUGCCUGUCGUUCAGUUUGAUACUCAAUUAACAGCUGUUACAGUCUCACAGAUAGACUCAAAAAUAGUUGCUUUCCUUGGUACAACAUCCGGGGAAAUUUUGAAGGCCGUCGUUUACCCAAAGAAUUCUGCAGUUCGUCUCAAGCAACUGAAAAUUAAAAACUUGGGUUAUAUGAUCAAGCAGGACAUGUACACAUCUCAUGAUGGAAAACACAUCUUUGUUCUUAGCCAAAGACAGGUGUAUAAGGAACCCGUGGAGUCAUGUUCAGGCUUUCCAACAUGUGCUAGUUGUUUAGGUAGCAGGGAUCCAUACUGUGGUUGGUGUUUCUUGGAAAACAGAUGCGGCACGAGAAAUAUAUGUACCGAAUGGAUAUCUGUCUCAAGCAAUGAAAAAUGUCCACAUGUUAUAAGCAUCAGCCCUACAGUAAUGUCAGACAAGGAAAUAGUAUUGCUCAAUAUAGAAGUUUCACAUGCAUUGUUAGAAGGUGUCCGUGUGUCCUGUGAUUUCUUCAGUGAUGAAAUAGGCGAACAAUUUCAUCAUAAUGUUACAGCAACAGUUUCUGAUGGGGGAAAGACUGUGAGAUGUAGGCCAACCAAUAUUUUGGCCAUAGAAGAUAGCAUAAAAGGUUUCUCGAACGUUACAGUUGCAAUAUUAGCAAAUGAUUCUGACACUCAAAUUCACGGGAAUUUUAUCGUAUACCGAUGUGAAACUUUUGACAGAUGUACAGGCUGUAUAGCAAGGAACUGGACAUGUAAAUGGUGUACAUACAGUAACCAGUGCAUUGAUAAUGACAGAAGCUGCAAUGAUAAUGACCUGGAAGUUAACUUCGGUGAAUGUCCACGUGUCACAGGUUAUACAAUGGUGUCAGAUGAUAGUUUUCUGCGAGAUGCCAAUAGCACCGUGUAUCUUUCACAAGAUAGCAGCUAUGACAUUAACAUAACUGGAACAAAUCUUCCAGUACCAAGAUCAGGGCCAACAACACACGUGUCCUACAAAUGCAAGAUAGUUGCAUCAGGAUCACACAUUUUAUGGUUAAAUAGCACAGUCUUUGACAAGGGAGGUAGCAUUAUUUGUAAGAUCAACAAGGAGGAGAUGGCUUCUAUUCCAGGACUUAUAGGUAGACUGAGUGCUACUGUACAUGUGACAUGGGGAAUAUCUCCGGUAAACGGGGAUACAUUGCCAGUUGUCAUUUAUGACUGCGAAAAUCUUGUCAAGCCUUCCAAUAAUUGUGGACGAUGCAAAAGUUUUGCAAAUUAUCAACCGUACUUACACUGUCAAUGGUGUAUGACCAGAUGUAUUGAUAGUGGGAUAUCCUGCAAUGCUGCAGAAUCUGAGUGCGACGAUCCAAAAAUUUCAAGGGUACAUCCACUGAGUGCCCAUGUGAAUGCCUCUACAUUGAUUGAGAUUGAAGGUGUAAAUCUUGGCUCAGCGUACAACGAUACAAUUAAUGCCGUGACAAUAGCUGGUAUUCCAUGUACAUCUGAUGAAAGUAGCUACGACCCCGGGAUGAAGAUAAUGUGUGAACUAUCACCAAGUUACAAAGUGCUGGAUGGUAGAGUUGUUGUUACACUCAGUAAUAAUGCAACUGGACACUAUACGACACCUUUCCAUUUCCGGAUCCCUGAGGUGACUUAUGUCGAGCCGUCUCUUGGGCCAUUAUCAGGCGGCACGUCUGUUACCAUAUAUGGAAAAUACCUAGAUACUGGCAGAGAAAAGACUAUCACCAUAGGGGAAAUAAUUUGCAAAUUAAAUGCAAACGAAGAAGGAACUGUUUAUCCAUUUGAAUCGAUUCAGAGUUAUAAUGAUAUAAGGAAAGGGAAAGACCUAACUAAACUUGAAUGCAACACUACAUCUGGAGACCCAAGCAAAUUGAAUAAACCACUAGAUAUGACGGUAGCCUUUGAUGGGGUAAAUGUCACAGUAAGUGAAAAUAUCACAUACAGAUAUGUUGCAGACCCCAACAUCACAGCUAUAUUGCCAAGGAAAAGUUUCCAGAGUGGUGGGCGAAGACUGACUGUUAAGGGGACCAAUUUGAAUUCAAUUCAGAAACCGAAAAUAUAUGCUGUACUUGGUAGCAUGAAGAUGAAAUCAGAGGAAUGCAUAGGAGAUGAUAAAGAGGGAGCUAUUUAUUGUCCAAGUCCAAAAUACAGAGAGACAGAAAUGAAAAGAAAGAAAAGAACUAGUGGUCCUGUACAGGCAAAGUUAGGAUUCGAGAUGGAUGAUGUAUCAUCAGUUACUGCUGACAAUCUGCCCAACGACCUGGCGAUUCUCAUGUACUAUCCUGAUCCAGUACUAGAAAACUUCACAGAAGUCAAUGUUUAUAAAGAACUAAAAGAGUAUCUUGUUAUCAAGGGAAAAGGUCUAAAGUUAGCAGCUGACGAGAACGAUGUUACUAUAGAAAUAGAGUGCGAGAAAUGUAACGUCACAUCUAUAACAAAUGAAGCAAUUAUUUGUGAACCACCAACAGAAAAACCCGUUUGUGGUAAACUAAAAGAUCACAAACUAUUUGUUACA